AUGAGGAAAAUAAUGAAAAUACCUCUUGAAGGAAUCAUAGGUAUAGUGCUAACACCUUGGUUAGAUUUUGAAGGAAUAGAAAUGAUAAUUUUAUUAAGCAUAAUGUGUGCUAUUUAAUUAGCUGCCCUUUUUUUUUUAAAAUUAAAUGAAAAAUGGUAUUUAUAAAUGAGUUUCAGCUACACAAUAUGUUUUGCUUUAUUUUUUGUAGAAUGUGCAGUGAAACUUAAAAAUAUAAGUGUUUUAAUACUAUAUUUCAUUUGUAUUGAAAUAGGGUUAGAAAGAGUAAAGAAAGGAUUGUUAUAAAAAUCCACUUUAUUAAUGAAUUAAUAUGCUUUAAUUAGAGUUUGUAAUUGGAAUUCGUAUGAUUUAUUUGCAUUUAUUGGAGGAAUUUUAUUAUUGUUAUUACAUCUAUUUAUAUUAUGGGCUAAUCAAUAAAAAUAAGAUGGAGAACCUUAGGCAUCAUAUAUAAAAUCAUAUGAGAAAUCAAUUUUAAAUUUAGUGCAAACUCCUGAUUAUAGAAAACAAUAAUUUCAUUCAUCAGCAACAAGUUUGUAAUAAGAGUUAUAGGAAUGUUUUAAUUUCUUUAACUUAAUUCCAGAUCCUCUAGUUUUAUUAACAGCCUAAAAUUUAUCUAUAAACUUUUGUAAUUAAGCUACAUUAGAAUUAUUUAAGAUCAGUGAAAAAUCUAGUUUUAAGACUUGUUUGGAAUAAUUAUCUGAUGUUGUUUCAACUUAAGCUAAACCUGAUUAAAGAGAUCCUAGAGAUUCAUUUCCAUCAUUUUAAAGUUUUUAAUAAACUUUUUAGUAAGGAAAAGUUUCAAAUAAUCGUUAAUCUAAAGAAGAAAUAGAUUUAAAUGUAAUUGAUUUUAUAUUUAUAUAGUAAAUACUUUGUGAUUUAAGAAAUAUUAAACCAAACAAAAGAUUUUUUUAGAUUUUAAAAAAUAGCCCUCAUAAUACUGUUUUUAUUGGAAGUUAUUUGGGAAAUUGGUAUGAAAAAGAAGGUUGUGCAGAUUUGGAAUAACCAAAAAAGCGUUUAUUAGAGAUUAAUGCUCAUGCAACUCUUAUUGAUGAAAAAUUGAUGAUUUUGCUUUAAAUUAGAGAUGUAACUCAUCGAGAUUAUAUUAAAUUGAUGAAAAAAUAAUAUUAAGUUAAAUCUAGUAUAAUUUCAUAUGUUAGUCAUGAAUAUCGUACUCCACUUAAUUCAAUCAUUUAAUUUAUUUCAGCAUUAUAAGAUGAAAGAGAUUGUAAUGUUUAAAGUAAGUACAUUAAAAUAGCUUUGUUAAAUUGUAAAUAUUUACUAAAUCUAUCAAAUGAUUUAUUAGAUCUUGCAUUGUUAAAAGUUGGUAAAUUUUCAAUAAAUCCUAUUUAAAUGGAUCUUAAUAAACUAAUUGAAGAAUGUAUGGAAUUAUUCAAACUUGAAGCUAAUUUAAAAAAAAUAAAUCUUACAUUAAAUUAUAGAAAAAGUGUUCCAAGAUUAUUAAACAAUGAUCCAAAUAGGAUAAGAUAAAUUAUAAUAAAUUUACUUGGAAAUGCUUUCAAGUAUACUUUGUAAGGAUAUAUAGAAAUAAGAGUUUCCAAUUAUCUCAACAGUUCUUUAAAAAUAGAAGUUCAUGAUACUGGUCUUGGAAUUAAGGAAGAGCAUAAAGAAAGAUUAAUACAGGCUUUUGCCAAAGUUGAAGAUUCUGAAAGUAAAAAGUUAAAUCCUUAAGGAAUUGGAUUAGGAUUAAUUAUAAGUAAUAUGAUUGCUAGAAAUUUAAAUUCUAAUGAAAAGGGAUUACAAUUUUAAUCUGAAUAUUAGAAUGGCUCUUCUUUUUGGUUUUAUAUUUCAAAAAAUAUCUAAGAAUAAGAAAUUCAAGAAGAAUAAGAUGAUAUAGAAGAAGAGAGUCCAGAGAGAAGAUAAUCAUUAUGGAGAUACAAUAAUAUCAAAACAAAACAUAUAAAUUAAUGUCAAUGUGCUAAUAUUUUAAUUGUUGAUGAUAAUGCAUUCAAUAUAGAAGUUUUAAAAUUCUUAAUUUAAAAGAUAAAUUCAUCUCUCAAAUUAGAAUGCUCUUUAGAUGGUCAUACUGCUAUCUAAAUGGUAAAAUCUAAUAGAUGUAAUAAAUGCAAUGGAUAUGGUUUAAUAUUUAUGGAUAUUGAUAUGCCUACAAUGAAUGGUAUUUAAGCUACUUCAAUCAUUAAAUCCUAAUUUCCUUAAGUUCAAAUUAUUGGAUGUUCAGCAUAUGCAAAGUAAGAAGAAGAAAAUUUAGCAAUUUAAAAUGGAAUGGAUGGAUAUUUAGUUAAGCCAGUAUAAAUAGAUUAGCUUAAAAACUACUUAAAAAUAGACCUUUGA